UGACGUAGCGCGUCAGGCAGAGCACUCGCGUGUUACGGAAACGGGAUGACGAGCUCAGUGAUAUCUCUCAAAAUAUGAAUUAACACACGAGCAGAGACGCAGCCGGGGGGAAAAAAUUGCUGUUCAGAUGAAGAGGGCUCGCCUGGCCGACCUGCUGUGUCACCCGUCUUUGCCAUGGCAACACGCUAUUUCCCAACAUUUCUCUUUCUAAUUUUUUUGUCGUCUUUAGCCCUCUUGCUGCUCACACUUCUGCCUACUGUCACUCCUACUCUCCCAAUUGCAUCCUCAUCAGACGCCUUGCCUUGGCUGUCGCCCUCCUGCGAUCCGGGCCAGUCCUGGGCGGUUCGGCUUCACAGUGGUUCUCAUCAUGAGGACGAGGAUGAGAUGGAGAGCUCUGUGCAUCUGGACGUGAUCGCCAACAGGGUAGCAGAGCAGGCCGGGCUGCAGAACCAGGGACAGAUUGGCCAGCUGGAAGGCCAUUACUUGCUGUGUUCUGUAAAGCGUGAUGCUGGAUCAGAGGGGGGCGUGUGGAGAAGAGGUGUCCGACCUGGGGAUGUUCUAGAAGGCCACCCUCAUGUCCUGUGGUACUCCAAGGAGAGAGUGCUCAGUCGCUCAAAGAGAUCAAUGGCUUUCAAUGACCCUAACUACCCUAAACAGUGGCAUUUGCAUAACGAUAUGAAUAUGGGCAUGGAUAUCAACGUGACGGGAGUGUGGGAGCGCAACAUUACUGGCCAGGGGGUCACGGUGGUGGUCGUAGAUGACGGGGUGGAACACACCCACCAGGACAUCCACCUCAACUAUAGUCCUGAGGGCAGUUAUGACCUUAACUCCAACGACCCGGACCCCAUGCCCCACCCGGACGUCCACGGGGAAAACCAUCACGGGACUCGUUGUGCAGGAGAGAUCGCGGCCGUUCCCAACAACAGCUUCUGUGCCGUGGGUGUCGCCUAUGGCAGUAAAGUUGCAGGAAUCAGAGUCCUGGAUGGGCCGCUGACAGACAGCCUAGAGGCGAUAGCCUUCAAUAAGCACUACCAAGUAAAUGACAUCUACAGCUGCAGUUGGGGUCCAGAUGACAACGGACACACUGUGGAUGGGCCCCAUCCGCUGGGGAAGGCAGCAUUGCAGCACGGCGUGAUUGCAGGCAGAAGAGGCUUCGGGAGCAUUUUUGUAGUUGCCAGCGGCAACGGAGGUCAAUAUGAUGACAACUGCAACUACGAUGGCUACGCCAACUCCAUCUACACCAUCACAAUCGGUGCGGUCGAUGAGAAGGGGAGGAUGCCUUUCUACGCAGAGGAGUGUGCAUCCAUGCUGGCGGUGACCUUCAGCAGCGGGGGGACCAAGCUCAGGAGCAUUGUGACAUCGGACUGGUCCAUGCAGCGAGGGACAGGCUGCACUGAAGGCCACACGGGCACGUCUGCUGCAGCCCCGCUGGCAGCAGGGAUGGUGGCCCUCAUGCUCCAGGUCCGGCCCUGCCUCAGCUGGAGGGAUGUUCAGCACAUCAUUGCCUUUACAGCCACCAAGUGUGACAGCAGUGCUGACUGGCAAGUUAAUGGAGCGGGCUUUUCUCACAGCCACCAGCAUGGUUUUGGUCUGCUCAACGCUUGGAGACUCGUUAAUGCCGCCAAGGUGUGGGAGGCGGCGCCUUUCCUGGUGUCCUAUCAGAGCUCCGUCAUAAAGGAAGAGGCAAAGAUCCUGGUCUAUUCCGACGAGCUGGUCCGUACCUGGAAUGUCUCUGCUGCUGACCUGAAACAGUCGGGGAUGGAGACACUGGAGCACGUGGCCGUUACCGUGACAAUAUCCCACCCGUGCCGAGGGAAUUUGGAGAUUGUGUUGGUCUGCCCCAGCGGGAUGACAUCCGUCAUCGGGGCUCGCAGAGCCAUUGACAGAGAUGCUGCGGGCUACGAGGACUGGACAUUCUCCACGGUACGCUGCUGGGGGGAGGAAGCUGAAGGCCAGUACAUCCUCAAGAUAUCUGAUCACAAGGAGCAGGCGUUUGACCAGUGCGCUGCUGUGGGCGUGCUCAAGGAGUGGAAGCUGACCCUGUAUGGGUCGUCCAUGACCUACAGCGAAGUCAAGGACAGGCAGAAGCUGGUGGAGGAGGCGAUGAGCGGCAAAUAUUUGGACAGCAACUUCUCUCUGCCCUGCCCUCCGGGUUUGGAUAUCCCCCCCGAGAUCAUCAGCCCCUUCACCUCCAACAACCUCAAGUUCCUGCUGUUGUUUGGAUGCUUUGCUCUUUUCUGGUCCCUCUACUACACCCUGGAGGUUGCACUGGCCCGCAUGGACCUCCGGGGCCUCCUGCGCUGGCGGAGGAGUCGGGGCGGCCACCAGGCAUGGAGGCGACGCAGAGGGAGAGGAGUGGAGGAGGCCAUGGGGGAAGAGACGGAUGAGUACAGAGAAGAACAGCAGCAGGACCCAAGAGUGGAGCUGCAGACUGUGCUGGACUCUGAGGCCAAAGUGCCACUCAUCACUGGAGAGCCGCCAGAGACAUAGCGGCAUGAGUGGGAACAUGCAUCCCUGCUGUACUCCCGAGACGUCUCAGGCUUCCUCCUCCUGUCCUCACUCUGGACUGCUUCUGGUCCCGCUCAGCUUCCAGCCCCAGUGGUGGUCUCCGAGUGGACACAGAUGGACUUGAAUAAAGAGUGGACUCCUUGUCCUUCUCUGCGUUUCCCAGAUAAGUGGCCUUGUAUUUAUUUGGGCUUUGACUACGUGUGAUUUCUAAACCAGUGGCCUCUCGGAGAAGAUGAGGGGAGGAUAAAUCCAGGACGUUUUAAACUUCCUCUGACAGUUAGACCUACAUUUAUCAGGUAUAGGCUGCCCACGGAACGAAAAGGGUUUUUCUGUUUCACUACAAUCAAGUGUGAGGACAUAUAAGGUUGUUUUUAAAUGUGCACCCAAAGAAAACUGGUGAUGUGACUCAUCCGAUUUACUGUAGGGAGACUUAUGGAGUCAAAGUGAUUUAAUGUGCACUGAACAUAGGAAUGAGAGUCGUGGGUGGGAG